ACACUUUUAGUUCAUAUUUUGCGGCUUUCCGGAGAGGUUCACAGAUCGCAGACGUCUUAGUAGACGACAUAAACAACAUGGUUAUCAAUUUUGCCGCCGGUCCAGCCAAGUUGCCUGAAGAGGUCCUCAAAGAGGUCCAGACCAACCUCCUCGACUGCAAUGGCAGUGGCAUUUCUGUGAUGGAGAUGUCCCAUCGCUCCAGCAACUAUGCCAAAAUCCAGGAGACAGCCAUCAAUGAUCUGAGAGAGCUCUUGAAUGUGCCCAGCAACUACAAGAUCCUCCUAAUGCAGGGCGGCGGCACUGGACAGUUUGCGGCAGUGGCUUUGAACCUGAUAGGAAUCACUGGCACCGCGGAUUACGUGAUCACCGGCUCAUGGUCCUCCAAGGCGGCCAAGGAGGCGGCUCAGUAUGGCAAAGUCAACGCCGUGCUGCCCAAGGUGGACAGGUAUACAUCCGUGCCGCGACAGAGCACCUGGAAGCUGGAUCCGAAGGCUUCAUAUGUCUACUACUGUGACAACGAGACUGUGGAGGGCGUAGAGUUUGACUUUGUGCCCGAGAUUCCAGCGGGUGUUGCUCUGGUGGCCGACAUGUCCUCGAACUUUCUGUCCCGACCCAUUGAUGUGUCCAAGUUUGGUGUGAUCUUUGCCGGAGCACAGAAGAACAUUGGACCAGCGGGCACCACAGUGAUCAUUGUCCGGGAGGAUUUGAUAGGCAAGCACAUGAAGAUCACACCCUCCAUCCUUAACUUUGAGCUGAUGGACAAGAACGCCUCGCUGCUGAACACUCCGCCUACUUUUGGCAUCUAUGUGAUGGGCUUGGUCUUCAAAUGGAUCAAACGCAAUGGCGGUGUCGAAGGCAUGGCCAAGCUGGCCGCAUCCAAGUCCAAGCUCAUCUAUGAAACCAUCGAGCAGUCCAAUGGCUUCUACUAUUGUCCCUUGGAUGCGAAUGUCCGCUCGCGCAUGAACGUGCCCUUCCGGAUCGGCAGUGCCACUGGCAACGAUGCUUUGGAGAAGGAGUUCUUAGCCAAGGCCGAGGCGGAGGGCAUGAUCCAGCUGAAGGGUCAUCGCUCAGUGGGCGGAAUUCGAGCCUCGCUCUACAAUGCCAUAACGUUCACAGAGACCCAGAAGCUGGCCAGUCUCAUGCUGAACUUUUACAAGAACAAUAAAAACUAGAGGAGUAUGUUCCCGUG